UCAGUGGGAAUCAGUGAAGGUUGUUCCCGGCAGUUCGGCGUGCAAAAAGGAAUUUAACAAUCUAGGGAGAGAGAAAGAGAGAGAGAGAGAGUGAGGCUUGAAGAAAAGAAAGAAAUCGUGAAAAAGACGCCCGGGUAAUCUAAGGAACAGUUAAUAGAUUGACCUGAAUUUUUAAAAUAUAUAAAGUGAAAAAAAAAUUACGAGUUGACCCUGUUCAACCUCUUAACCUUGAAAACUAAAUGUUCCAAAAUUAAGGUAGUUCUUUGUUGUGAAUUAAUAUUGUGCCCUUGUACCUCAAACCUCCAUUGUCGUAUUCCGACGAGUCUAAGAUAUUCAAGAGUAACCGGUACGAUAAUAUCUGUUUCAAUCGUCAAAAGGACCAUCAUAUUGUUUUGAUACUGUUGUAGAUAACAUUUUAAUUGACGCUUAAGUAAUCAUACAAAAUUGUCAACACGGCGUGAAAACUCGAAACAAAAAAACAAUGUCUUCUGGAGCUGGAUCUAGUGGCACUGGUAGAGGAAGAGGAUCAUCAUUGGCAGACAAUAAACCAGAGAAUAAAGAAGCCAAGCCAAAUCCUAAAAUGUCAAAAGCAUUAGGUACAUCAGCCAAAAGAAUACAAAAAGAACUAGCAGAAAUUACUUUGGAUCCUCCGCCUAAUUGUAGUGCAGGUCCUAAGGGAGAUAACUUAUAUGAAUGGGUAUCUACUAUCUUAGGCCCGCCAGGAUCAGUGUAUGAGGGAGGUGUCUUCUUUCUGGACAUACACUUUUCCCCGGAAUAUCCUUUUAAACCUCCAAAAGUAACAUUUAGAACACGUAUCUAUCACUGCAACAUUAAUAGUCAAGGUGUAAUAUGUCUUGAUAUACUUAAAGACAAUUGGUCUCCUGCAUUAACUAUUUCCAAAGUUCUUCUGUCCAUCUGCUCACUACUUACAGACUGUAAUCCAGCGGACCCUUUGGUUGGUAGUAUAGCAUCACAGUAUCUACAGAAUCGAGAAGAACAUGAUCGUAUAGCACGACUUUGGACUAAACGGUAUGCUACAUGAGCUUUUUGCUCAAAAUCAUACCUAACUCCUAUCAGCCUCAUGCCAAUUAACCAUCCAUUGCGCUGCUCUCACAAAACUUUAUUUUAAUGCCUCUUGUGCGUGUGCGCGCAAAAUACGUUCCUAAAUAUUAAGUCCAUUGUGGACUUAAGUUUUAAUCCUCAUGAUUCAAGUUUAAGAUUUAUCCAAAAAAAAUACGUAAAAUAAAAAAUUUGAAAAUUUAAUAAUAAAAAAUUUUUAGUUAUAAAUGUAUUAGCUACAAACUUAUAACGAUUAAAAUCCGGCUCGACUAAGAUUGUGAUUAUUUGUAUGUAAGAUAAUAGUACUAAUGUGUAGAAGAUGAGUGAAUGCUGAUUAGUAUUUUUUUUUUUUAUUUUGUAUCGUAGUUUGUUAAGGCAUGAGCUGGGAGUUAAUCAUUAAUGAUAUAUUAUUUUAUUUUUUAUUAAAAAUAUAAAUUUAAAAAAUACACUCUUUUAAGUGUAAAUUAUUAUUACAGUGUAGUGUCAAAAAAAAAAAUAAUAAUAAUUAUUAUAAUAAUAAUAAUGUUUAAUCGUGGACAGUAAAGGAGAAAAGAUAAGUGAUCUACGAUCAAUCAUAAACUACUUUAAUAAUAAAAACGAAAAAAAUAAUAAUUAAGGUAAUAGUAAGUAAUUCUAAUACUAAUUAAUUUUAGUUUUUAAAAAGACUUGUAUGGUAUGCUAAUUUUUUUUCUUAUAGCCGCAUAAAGAUAAAUAUAAACAAAAUUACUAAGACUCCUUUAAAUCCUAUAUCCUGUGAAUAUUUUCGCGUGUACGCGCCAAGAAAAAUAUUAAUCUACAUCAUUAGUUUUUUUUUCGUUCUUCCGUUUUUAAUAUGCAACACAUUUAUUAAUUGUGAUUGUAAAUAAGUAUAAUCAUUUCUGUUUCUUGUAUAUUUUACUAUGUAAAAAAUAAGUAUAACAAUUUUUUAAAAAUAAUUUAAAAUAUGAAAGAAGAUUGAAAAGAAUACAUCGCAAGAACUGAAAAUUAAUUCUAUUUAUUAAGAUGUUUAAAAAUUCUGGCGCAUGGCCUGUUUAGGAUAGUAGCCAAUAAGAAAUUUAAAAAAAAAAAAAAAAAAAACAAUGGUUUACCCUAUUUUUUAAUUAUUUUCUAAUACCGUCGUGCUCGUGACAAACAUCGACGAGUUGAGGAUGGACGAGCCCACUUUGUAAAUAGUUUACUCUUAACGCAUAGAUAUUUGCUUUUGCUUUUUAAACUACUAAAAAAAAAUCUGUAUUAGCAAAAAAAAAAAGUUGAAUAACAAAAAAUUAAGAAGAAUAAAAAAAAGUCACGCCUUAAGCAUAGCCUUGUAUAGAUUAAAAACAAUGUAUAACAUUGAGCAAACAAAAUUUUAUGCAUACUCUUAAAAUUUUUGCAAAAUGAAAUCUAUCUUUUGUAAAUAUCUCCUUGCGUGGAGUCAUGAUUUGCGAAGUGGUUGAAUCCACAUAUCUGUUCAAUAUCCUAUUGAAAAACAGCGAUAGAAAAAAAAGAAAACCUAUAAGUAUAUAUAUAUAUAUAUAACUUAUAAAUUCUGCAAUCUGUAAAAUAAAAUUUUAAUAUUCAUUUUAAAUGAUGGAAUUGAAUAUUAAAAACUGCUGCGGUAUCAAUAUAAA